AUGUCUGCUUCUCUAGCUCCUGAGUGCAAUGAGGUGAAGGAGAAGUACGAUACUUGCUUUCUAAAAUGGUACAGCGAAAAGUAUCUCAGAGGCAUUGGAAAGUCUGAUGACAAUGAGUGCUCAGACCUGUUCAAGAACUAUCAGAAAUGUCUAAAUGUUGCCCUGAAGCAAAGAGGCAUAGACAAGCUCCUGGAAGAAGCCAGGGAGGACAACAAGGAGAACGAUGCCAUACACCUAGGCAGGAAAUGA